AUGAAGAUUUUAUUGUGUGAGGAGCCUCGAACCAUAGCAUUGGUCUCGGAAACGCAUGCCCUCACAUUCCGUUUAGCCAGUUCGAGUCUUGAUGACCCUAAAAAGAGCCCUUCGGUGGAAGUUCAACUCGAACCAAACUCCAAUUUUCAGCACAAUAGAAAGUACAAGGUUUUGAUCCACAGAGACAUACACGGAUGCUUGGGCCUUAUUACAAUUGAACAGCAGGUGUAUCUAGCAUUAAUCACUGGUGCCUCCACUAAUGUGGCUCGCCCAGUUCCUUACGAGUCAGUUGAUAAGAUCUUCGCAGUGGACUUUGUAUCAUUGGGAAGCAACGAAUGGGAUUAUGUUAACUUGGACUAUGGUGGAAUGGCAGUUCAGACCCAGGAGCCUGAUGAGUAUGACCCCGCGGCACAGAGAACGGUGCACCCUUGUUUCGAGAUCAAGAAGUUGUUAUCGAACGGCUCCUUUUACUUCUCCAACGAUUUUGAUUUGACAUCCACUUUACAAAACAGAGGCAUUGACGCAACCAAAUUCGACAAGGCCGCUCACGACGCUGAGAAGGCUGACAACAUAACUAGAGUCAACUUGCAGCACUACGAGCAACAGUACAUGUGGAACUCGUUCUUGAUGAAUGAGCUUCUCAAGUUUAGAGCCAACUUAGACGAGGAUGCAAUGGAGAUUAUUGACCACAACAGAUUUUUGACCACCGUGAUUCGUGGUUUCGCCAAAACCGUGCGUUUGAACUCUAGAGGCGACACUAUCAGUAUUAUCUCAAAGCAGUCCUGGAAAAGAGCCGGUACGCGAUUCAAUGCUAGAGGUAUUGACGAUGAUGGCCACGUUGCAAACUUUGUGGAGUCAGAUUUCAUCUUUAACAAUGUUUCUCUGCGACUGGUGUUCUCCUUCACCCAGAUCAGAGGUUCUGUCCCUGCCUUUUGGGAGCAAGACUCUACAUUGAUUAACCCUAAGAUUACUAUCACAAGAUCGCGAGAAGCCACACAACCUGCCUUCAACAAGCACUUUGAUGAAGUCUGUGAAAAAUACGGUGUGUGUCACAUUGUCAACCUUCUCUCCAAGACCAAAACCCAAGAAGUUAACGUCCUGCGUUGCUACAAGGAACUUUUAGACAGAUCUCCACAUAAAUCUGAACUUUCUUACAGCCACUUUGACUUCCAUGCUGAAACGAAGCAGCUGAGUGGAGGGUUUGCAGGAGCUACAAAGAUUCUCCCGUUGCUUUACGACUCUUUGGAAUCCUUUGGGUGGUAUGAUUUCGAUGUUCAGGAAGCGGAAGCAGUCACUCGCCAGAAUGGUGUGUUCCGUGUCAACUGUUUGGACUGUUUGGACAGAACCAACUUAGUCGAACAAGUUGUAUGUCAGAGAGUUUUGAGCCACAUUCUUCGAAGCCAAAUGCCUGCCGGAGGUAAGUCUCCUCGUGAGAAGCAGCUCAUCGAGGAGCUCACUCUUAAGCAUAACGCUCUUUGGGCGGACAAUGGAGAUGCUAUUUCUCAAAUUUACACUGGUACGAAUGCCUUGAAGUCUUCAUUCUCAAGAUCUGGUAAGAUGAAUUUCGCAGGUGCUCUCUCCGAUGUCACCAAAUCUGUUUCCAGAAUGUAUCAGAACACGUUUGUUGACUCUAAGAAACAACUGACGAUAGACCUUUUACUUGGUAAAGAUGCCAAGAACGGUAAGGCUGUCAAGAUCUUUGACCCCAUCUACGAAUUUGUGCACGACAAGCUUCAUGAGAAUGCUCUGGCUUUCACGACAUACAAGAAUAUCAAUAUGUUUGUGGGUACAUUCAAUGUCAGUGCCACGUCGCAUCCCAUUAAGGAAAGUCUCGAAGACUGGCUCUUCCCAGCUUCCAACGACAAAUACGCAGCCCCCGAGCUUUACGCUAUUGGACUUCAAGAGUUGAUUGAACUCAAUGCUGGAUCUUUCCUUACUUCGGAUAGCUCUAAGCCUGCGCAAUGGGGUGAGUUUUUGAACAAACAACUCAAUUCCAAGGGGGAGGACUAUUACUUGCUUCGAACUGAGGCAAUUGCAUCCAUGAGUGUGUAUUUGUUCGUCAGAAGAGACCAAAUGCAGCAUGUAACACAGGUGUCAGGCUCCUCGAAAAAGACGGGUCUUGGUGGUAUGACCGCAAACAAGGGAGCUUGUGCUGUCAGAUUUGAGUUUGGAUCAACAUCAUUUGCUUUGGUGACCUCUCAUUUGGCUGCUGGUGUGAAUGCCACAAUUGAAAGAUACAAUGACUAUACACUGAUUAUGCAAGGUCUCACCUUCACCAGAAACUAUACCAUCGGUGAUCACGACAACAUUAUUUGGUUUGGUGACUUGAACUACAGAGUCGAGCUUCCAAAUGACAGAUGUCGGUAUUUAAUCGAGAGCGGUGCUUUUGAUGAGUUGAACGACGCCGAUCAAUUGAGAGCAGAGAUGGAGAAAGGCGGUGCUUUCUCAGAGCUCCAAGAGAGUCCCUUGCUCUUCUAUCCAACCUACAAGUAUGACAAGGGUACUUCGAAUUACGACACUUCUGAGAAGCAACGUGUUCCUUCGUGGACUGACAGAAUUCUUUACAGAAGUGUCAACAAGGAUGGCUUGAAGGCCUUAAACUAUGGUUCUGUCAUGGACAUUUUUGUGAGUGAUCACAAGCCCGUGUUUUCGACUUUCAAGGUCAACAUCAAGGUUGUCAACAAGGCCAAGAAGCUGAAGUUGGCAGAGGACUACUAUAAUGCUUACAAGAAGGAGUACGGCUCAAGCCUGAGCUUGAUUGAGUUCGACAAUGAAUCUUCACCUGGUUCGACGGCCAACUCGACAUUCACCUCGAAAACUCUUUCAGAAAUGAACAUCCUCGAAGACGAAUACUCGCCUAGCAAACCACCAGCUCGUGGUCCAAAGCCACGCGCUGUGAACACUUUGCCUAAGAGAGUUCCACCACCACCUGUGAGCAGAAAGGCUGUUUCUCAAAACCAGGGCAGCGAGUUGAGCGACAGACUCAAGGCUAGACAUGAGAUCUCCACGCCGCCACCUCCACCACCUUCGAGAAACUCGGCCCCACCUUCUAGAAAUCACAACUUAGGAUUUUCUGCGGCUCCUCUUGUGCCUUCAGGAUCUCAACCAUCCACACCUCGGUCAAUGUCUCCUAGUGUGACGAACACAGCCGCCUCGUCACCAACCAAGCCUGCCACUAGCGAAUCAAGACCUCCUGUGAAGCCUAGUAAACCUAAGGCCUUGUCCACUAAUAAGGUUGAACAACUUCCGCAGCAGAAAUCCAGCGAAGCUAGAGCACCUCCACCCCCACCCCCAAGAGCCAAUACCAACGGCUCCUCCUCGAAAGGCAACAUGAUGGACUGGAAACCUCUUGUGCCCCAAUAG